GUCCUGCUGCUGCUGCUGCUGCUGCUGCUGCUGCUGCUUCUGGUGCCGCUGCUGUUGCUACUGGUGCUGUUGCUGCUACUGCUGGUGUUGGUGCUAGUGCUGGUGGUGCUGCUGCUGUUGCUGCUGCUGCUGCUGGUGCUGCUGUUGCCCUUGCUGCUUUUAAUGCUACUGCUGGUGCUGGUGCUGUGGCAACUACGAACGAGCAGGCAGGGGAGGAAAGAGAGGCGAAGCGCGCGAGGUGGGGCGAUUAUUCUCAGGAGCAGACCAGAGGCCAGCAACAGGAAGUGCAGGGCGGGCAGGCGAAGCAGAAGCAGCAGGGGGACAAGGGGGGGUUAGGGGAGCAAAUAGAGGUAAACGGGGAGCAAUUAGGGGGUAACAGAGAGCAAUCGGGAGAAAUGGGGGAGCAAUUGGGGGAGAAGGGGGAGGAAUCGGGGGCAAAGGGGGAGCAAUUGGAGGAGAAGGGGGAGCAAUGGGGGGGACAUUCGGUAAAGCAUUUGGGGGAGCAAUCGAAGCAUGUGGAGGAGAAGAAGGAGGUGGAGGAGGAGGAGGAGGAGGAGGAGGAGGAGGAGGAGGAGGAGGAGGAGGAGGAGGAGGAGGAGGAGGAGGAGGAGGAGGAGGAGGAGGAGGAGGAGGAGGAGGAGGAGGAGGAGGAGGAGGAGGAGGAGAAGGAGGCUGAGGAAGAUGAGGAGGAUGAGGAUGAGAAAGAGGAGGUGGAGAGUGGGGAUGGGGAUGAGGAAGAGGAGGUGGAGGCCGAGGAGGCGGAGAGGAGUUGUGAGGAGGAGGGGAGUGGUGAUGAGGAGGAGAUUAGAGAGGAAGGGAGUGAAGAGGAGGAGGGGUGGGGUGGGAAGGAGGAAGUGAGUAGCAUGAGUGGGGAGGGAUGGCGAGGGGAGAGGAAGCAGACCGGGUUGGAUCUUUUAAUGAGGCGAGCAAGUGAGAAGGAUGAGAAGGAUGAGAAGGACGGAGGGAAAGAGGCGGAGGAGGGUGAGAGAGGGUUGAUCAUGGAUAAUGGAGUGGAAGGGGUGAUGGAUGGUGUAUUGCGGUUGAGAAGCACAGAGGAGGUGACUAACGCUGCAGUGCGGUGUGGGGAGGGGGCGGGCAGGGGAUUGAAAGAGGAGGAAGAGGAGGACGAAGAAGGGGAAAAGGAGGAAGAGGAGGAAGAGGAGGAGGAGGAGGAGGAGGAGGAGGAGGAGGAGGAGGAGGAGGAGGAGGAGGAGGAGGAGGAGGAGGAGGAGGAGGAGGAGGAAGAGGAGGAUGAGGAGGAAGAAGAGGAGGAGGAGGAUGAGGAGGAAGAAGAGGAGGAGGAUGAGAGUGGGGAGAGAGGGGGUGAUGGGGAGGGAGAUGUUGGAUCGGGGAGUGAGAGUGAGGGCAGUGAAAGGGAUGAGAGUGAUGGUAAAGGGGGAGAAGCAGGGGUAGGGAGAGGAGGAGCAGUGGGGGGGAUAGGAGGAGCAGUUGAUGGGUUGGAGAAAGGGCCUCUGCCAAUUGCCAACGCGUCUGGACUGAAUGGUGAACAUAAUCAACCCUGCCUUCUUACUGCCUCAGAAUCAGAACAACUGUCCUGA